AUGGCGUUCCUCAUUCUCGUCAUCGGCGACCUGCACAUCCCAGACCGGGCACUGGACAUUCCAGCAAAGUUCAAGAAGCUUCUUGCCCCCGGAAAGAUUGGCCAGACCCUUUGUCUCGGCAACCUCACCGACAAGCACACCUACGAGUACCUCCGGUCCGUGGCGCCGGAUCUCAAGAUUGUCAAGGGCCGCUUCGACGUCGAGGCCACCGCCCUGCCCCUGACCCAGGUCGUCACCCACGGCGCCAUCCGCGUGGGUUUCCUCGAAGGCUUCACGCUCGUUAGCAACGAGCCCGACCUGCUGCUGGCCGAAGCCAAUCGCCUGGACGUGGACGUGCUCUGCUGGGGCGGCACCCACAAGUUUGAAUGUUUCGAGUACAUGGACAAGUUCUUCAUCAAUCCUGGCAGCGCAACGGGCGCCUACUUUUCUGGCUGGGGCGGUGAUGGGGACAAGCCCGAGGAUGAGGUCGUGCCGAGCUUCUGCCUCAUGGACGUCCAGGGCAUCUCGCUUACGUUGUAUGUCUACCAACUGCGCAAAGACGCCAAUGGCACGGAGAGCGUUGCAGUGGAGAAGGUGACAUACUCAAAGCCUGUGCAGCCGACAGGAUCGGCCGCAUAG